AUGGCCAAAGUAGCCUUGAUCACUGGUGCCAAUGGCAUUACUGGUUCCGCUAUUAUGGACCACCUGACCCAAUAUACCAAGAGCGAUGAAUGGUCUCGCAUUGUUCUUUCAUCUCGCUCGCCGUUGACCUUGAAUGUCACAGAUCCUAGGGUCGAAUUCAUCGCCCUGGACUUCACCAAGUCCCCCGAGGAGCUGGUGAAUGAGAUGAAGGAUGUCUGCGCCGACGUUACUCAUGCCUAUUUCUGUUCCUAUGUCCACAAGGACGACUUCAAGGAGUUGAACAAGGCCAACAAGUCACUUUUCGAGAAUUUCCUCGAAGCCCUUCUGUCCGUCGCAGGAAAUCUCCAAAACUGUACACUUCAGACUGGCGGAAAGUACUACAAUGUCCACAUCCAACCCGUACCGUCACCAGCUUCUGAGGAUCAUGCUCGCCUUGUGGCCCCGGAUGAGAAUUUCUACUACCACCAGGAAGACUUCCUAGCCAACAAACAGCGCGGAAAUUCGUGGACAUGGAACGUCAUUCGCCCUGAGGCUAUUUUCGGCUACUCUAUCAAACCCAACGGAAUGAACGAGGCUUUGACCUUGGCACUGUACUUCCUCAUUUGUAAGGAGUGCGGUGAAGAGGCCAAGAUGCCCACGAACUGGAACUUCUGGAAUGGCACCGACGAUAUCUCUGACGCGCGACUCAUCGCAGACCUCUCAAUCUUCGCUUCAACCAAGCCACACUACGCAAAUGAGGCCUUUAACGUGGUAAAUGGAGAUCAUAUCUGUUGGCGCUACAUGUGGCCACGUCUAGCCAACUUCUUCGGCGCCAAAGCCUCAUCCGAUCAGACCUCCCCGAAGACAGUUUUGGAGCGCACGAGAUCUUUGUCACUUCAAAUUUCCACCUGA